GCGGCUGUGCGGGGUCGCGGGUGGCCAUGGCGGCGGGCAGCGCCAUCCAGAUCCCCACGCGGCUGCCGCUGCUCCUGACCCACGAGGGCGUCCUGCUGCCCGGCUCCACCAUGCGCACCAGCGUGGACUCCCCGCGCAACAUGCAGCUGGUGCGCAGCCGGCUGCUGAAGGGCACCUCGCUGCGGAGCACCAUCAUCGGCGUCAUCCCCAACACCAGCGACCCCACCUCCGACUGCGAUGACCUGCCCUCCCUGCACAGGAUUGGCACUGCUGCCUUGGCAGUUCAGGUGGUUGGUAGCAACUGGCCCAAGCCACAUUAUACCUUGCUGGUUACGGGCCUCUGCCGAUUCCAGAUCCUGCAGCUGCUCAAGGAGAAGCCUUAUCCUGUUGCUGAAGUGGAGCAGUUGGAUCGACUUGAGCAGUUUACUAAUCAGCAUAAAUCUGAGGAGGAGCUUGGAGAGUUGUCAGAACAAUUCUACAAGUAUGCAGUGCAGCUGGUUGAGAUGCUGGACAUGUCAGUGCCUGCGGUCGCAAAGCUGAGACGUCUUCUGGACAAUCUGCCUCGAGAAGCUUUGCCAGAUAUCCUGACUUCUAUCAUCAGGACAUCCAACCAAGAGAAGCUUCAGAUUUUAGAUGCUGUUAGGCUGGAGGAGCGGUUCAAGAUGACGAUACCAUUGCUUGUUAGACAGAUUGAAGGCCUGAAGCUGCUUCAAAAAACAAGAAAGCCCAAACAGGAUGAUGAUAAAAGGGUGGUAGCUAUUCGUCCUAAUAGAAGAAUCAGUCAUGUUGCAAACACUACAGAGGAUGAGGAGGAAGAAGAAGAUCAUGAUGAUGUUGUCAUGCUAGAAAAAAAGAUUAGAACAUCCAGUAUGUCGGAACAAGCUCUUAAAGUUUGUCUGAAGGAAAUAAAAAGGUUGAAGAAGAUGCCUCAGUCAAUGCCAGAGUAUGCUUUGACAAGAAAUUACUUGGAACUGAUGGUAGAAUUGCCAUGGAACAAGAGUACAAAAGAUCGCCUUGAAAUCCGUGCAGCUCGAAUAGUUUUGGAUAAUGAUCAUUAUGCUAUGGAGAAGCUGAAGAAGAGAGUUUUGGAGUAUUUAGCUGUCAGACAGCUUAAAAACAACCUCAAAGGACCCAUUCUUUGUUUUGUGGGGCCCCCAGGAGUUGGUAAAACUAGUGUUGGAAGAUCAAUUGCAAAGACAUUGGGUCGAGAAUUCCACAGAAUUGCUUUAGGAGGAGUCUGUGAUCAGUCUGAUAUUCGAGGCCACAGGCGCACCUACGUGGGCAGCAUGCCCGGCAGGAUCAUCAACGGCCUCAAGACUGUGGGGGUCAACAACCCCGUGUUCCUGCUGGAUGAGGUUGAUAAACUGGCCAAGAGCUUGCAGGGGGAUCCUGCAGCAGCCUUGCUUGAGGUGUUGGAUCCAGAACAAAAUCACAGUUUCACCGAUCACUACUUAAAUGUAGCCUUUGAUCUGUCCCAAGUCCUUUUUAUAGCUACAGCCAACACUACAGCUACAAUCCCACCUGCUCUGCUGGACAGAAUGGAAAUUAUCCAAGUUCCAGGAUACACACAAGAAGAAAAAAUUGAAAUUGCCCAUAGACACUUGAUUCCUAAACAGCUUGAACAGCAUGGCCUGACUCCUCAGCAAAUUCAGAUUCCCCAAGUAACCACUUUGGAUAUAAUUACCAGGUACACCAGGGAGGCAGGAGUGCGGGCUCUGGAUCGGAAGCUGGGAGCCAUUUGCAGGGCAGUGGCAGUGAAAGUGGCAGAGGGACAGCACAAAGAGGCAAAGCCAGAUCGUGCUGAAGUGGGGGAAGGAGAAGAUUGCAAAGAGCAUGUCACAGAAGAUGCAAAACCAGAAUCCAUCAGUGACACAGCUGACCUGGCUCUGCCACCUGAAAUGCCGAUUUUAAUUGAUUUCCACGCUUUAAAAGAUAUCCUGGGGCCACCCAUGUAUGAAAUGGAGGUGUCCGAACGCCUGAGCCAGCCAGGAGUAGCCAUAGGCUUGGCUUGGACUCCCCUGGGAGGGGAGAUCAUGUUUGUGGAAGCGAGUCGCAUGGAUGGGGAGGGGCAGCUCACCCUGACGGGGCAGCUCGGGGACGUCAUGAAGGAGUCGGCACAUCUGGCCAUCAGCUGGCUGAGGAGCAACGCCAAGAGAUACCAGCUCACCAAUGCUUCUGGAAGUUUUGAUCUCCUUGACAACACUGACAUCCAUCUGCACUUCCCAGCUGGAGCUGUCACAAAAGAUGGACCAUCUGCUGGUGUUACCAUAGUAACCUGUCUUGCUUCACUCUUCAGUGGGCGGCUGGUGUGCUCAGAUGUAGCCAUGACAGGAGAAAUUACACUGAGAGGCCUUGUUCUUCCAGUUGGGGGAAUUAAAGACAAAGUCCUGGCAGCACACCGAGCUGGCCUGAAGAGAAUUAUCAUUCCUCAGAGGAACGAGAAGGAUCUGGAGGAGAUCGCGGCGCACGUGCGGCAGGACCUGACGUUCGUGCCGGCCACCUGCCUCGAGCAGGUCCUGAACGCCGCCUUCGAGGGGGGCUUUGCAGUGAAGCCCAGAGUGGAGCAUCUGAACAGUAAACUUUAAGCAGCCAGGCUGAGGUUCCUGCUGUAUCAGAUUCCAUGGCUUGUGAUCUCUUCCAGCUCCCUACAUGUGUCAGGUGUAAUUAGCAGUUAAACUGGACUGUUAAGUGGGGGUGUAAAUGCAAUCAAAAGGAAAAUGUUGCUGCAGCAGUUCACAAGCUGAAACCACGUCUUAAGGGCUUUCGCUGCUUUUUAUCAGCAAAGAAUCUUGAAAAAAAUACUCAUUUCCUGAUAAGAGUCAAGCAUGAGAAAAUUGAAGCUGUUGAGAAAGAAUUCCUUGGCGUAUCUGGAAUGUGUGUAUGGACGUGGCAGCAGCUGGUCCCAUCCUCAGAGAGGUCACACCCACAAAGAGGCAAUAAUGUGCAAUUCUGAGAGAGCUGUAUUUGCAACAAAGGCAGCACGAGAGGCUCAGAGAUGGGCUUGUGACAAAAAGCAAAACUGAUUUAGCAGGAGAGCUUACUUAUUUAGAGAAUAAUAUUUGUAAUAAUAACAAUAAUGUGCUAAGGAGCAGUAGCAUCGGGAAAAAUAAGGGUUUUGAAAUCUAAAAAACAUGCUUAAGGGAUUUGAACAGAAGCACUAUGGUCUAAAUUAAGUUAGUAAGUUCUUUCAGCACUUGGUUCUAGUUUAUAGCAAGGUCACUGCAGACAUCAUUUGUCAAACCCCAACACAGGAAGCAAUGCCAGAACUGAAAUGUAGGAAUUGCUGUGUAAGAAGGGCAGUAACACACGAGUUCAUGUGUCCUUCCAGCAGCACAGGGGGUGGAGCAAACCUGAAGCCCUGAUAAAAAACCUGGUAACAUUUUGGAGGGACAGAGUAUGAGUCCUUUAUUCUUACUGAUACAAACAGACUUGAUUCUGGGCUGCCUGUGUUUGGAGGUGAGCCUGUGGAAAUUAAAUCCACUUAAACAAUGCCGAGAAAAUACUGAAUCAUUAAAGUGCAUUCAGUACUGCACACUGUGAAUAAUUUAUGGUUCAAGAAGUCUGUCAGACAGUCUCCCCUCUCAGUUGAUAGCUUUGUCUCUUCUCUUGAACCUCAGGGAAAACUACACUUCAGUGUGUGAGCUGGGCCUUUGGCAUUGUUUAUACCAGUCAACCCCUGAGCAAACCUCCCAUGUUGUUACAUUCUCUUGUUCAUUGGUUCUGAAACAAGCUCCAGUGUGCUCAGGAAACACAAACUGUACCAGUGACAACAGCCUGUUCUAGAAGCAGCCUAUAAAUCAAAAGAGUUUGCUUUGCUUUCGUUUCCAUAGAUAACAAAAGCUGAUUUAUCUGGAACAUAAUAGCACUGAUAGUAAUAUUCAGUGGGAAUUUCUGCACCUGUUUACAGAAGAUUUCACAGAAGACUUAAUCUAAUAAAAUUAUAAAAAUAAAA